AUUUCCCCCAGACCCACUUUACAAAAGCCCCAAAAGAACGCUCCAUGGCGGUCGGGGAAGAAACCCAUGCCCAGAACUUCUCAAAAACCCGGUCACCGCGCUGAUCUGGCCAGUUCAGGGAAGAAAUCCAGAUUUGGGUCUCGACUGAUUUCUGCAAAUAAGGGCAAUCCGAAACCCCUGGGAAAUGAUUCAGGUAAGCAGCCAAACCAGCUUUUUAACAUGAGCAACAGUUCUUCUGAUUUUCAAGAUCGUACCCCUGUUGGGAAAUCUGCAUCCGGGUCGGGUUUAGAUUGUGCUAAUAUUGAUGGGAAUAGGAUAGAUGAAUCAACCCAUUCCAGCGCAAGCGUCGUUAAAACUCCUCCAAUUGAGCCCUCAGUGUCUCCUGAGAUUCCAUAUGGGUUGUCCCAGAAGCCGGCCACGGCUUCUGCAGCAACCCCUUGUUAUGGUGCAGGGCACGUCCUCUCGGGGGUCACGGAUAAACGAAAAUGCAGGCCCAGAGGGGUUCUUACUGUAGCACCUGUCCUAGAUUUAUCAUCCAGGUCUGGGAAGUCCAGUGAGAGUGACAACAAGUCAAGAACUUCUUUUGUUCCUUUGCCUGUUGAGGCCUCAAUGUGUUGGAUGUCAUCUUCUCCUUCAGAGAAACCAGGAAAUGGCCAAUUUUGUGGCUUAAUGGGCUCGAAUCCGAGUAUAACGAUAAACCCAAUAAAACCCCACGAAGGUAGGGUCUUGGGAGGGUGUGUGUACCCAGAACAUACCCCUACUAGUUCGAAUCCAAGUAGAGUUGAGAAAAGCGAUUCUCCACAUUCAACAAGCACUCUGAGUUGUGGUAAUGUGAUUCAGACCCCCAACUCGGAUUGUGAUCUUGGGUUUCAAUAUGAGCUUGAUGAGGCGACAGACAUUCUUCGCAGCGCAAGCUUGUCAUCAUCAGCUCAGAAUCAGAUGCCAGAUUCUGAUGAUCCGAGGACGAGUUUCAAGUUCAGUAACUGUAAUUCAACCACGACAUUCAGUUUCGUGGGCCACAUCACCGGAUGUCACAAACCUGGGGACACUUCUGUGUCAUGCCUUUCAGAAUCCUCAACUGGGAAUGCAUCUCAGUCUAACAUUAGAGUAUCAUGGAGGGACGUGUCCCUUAGCCGAAUCCCUGCCAUGGAUAGCUGCAGGUGGCUGCCAGAUGAAGAAGAUAAUGAUGAUGAUGAUGAUGAUGAUGAAGAAAAAGACAAUGUGUUUUGCUCUGAUGAUCAUCAGAUCAAACCAGCCCAGAGUUUUGAAGAUAGUGAUGAUCUUGUGAUGGAAAAAGUGCUUAAAUUGCCUGAAUUUCUUGACCAGGAACCUUGCAUUUAUAACAAUGGGGUGGAAAAGAUGUUUCCACAAAGGCCUAGUUCUUGUGCAGAGUCCAUAUUCACUGAUGAUUGUGGAGGAGGAGGCCUGGGUUCUUCUGCAGAUUCAGAUUGGAAUCUUUGAUGCAAAAAAAAGACUUUUUUUUCUUCGUAGUUUUUAGUACUGUAUGAUUCGCAACGUGUAUCACACACGUAACGUUGUACUACAACCCAGUAACGGGGCUGAUAAUUUUAUUCAUAGAAAUGCUGGAACUUAAGUAUUUAUUUGUAGAAAAUUUGAAAGUUUUCUUCAUGUUCUAGGAUGAAUUUUGCUGUGUGAGAUUCUUUGACAUUUUUUAAAAAAUUGUGCAAUGCUAUUCAUGAUCUGACAUAUUAUUGUUUCUGUUUUGGAUAAAAAUCAUAAUUCUUGGUGCAUAUAACCUUUGGUAUAAAAAAAGAAAUUUAUAUGUCUUUC